AUGUGGCCGCUUCUCCCAGAGAAGGCAUCCGACCUCGUGCCACUCCCACCAAUCGACGGCCCUAAGCUCAAGCCUUUCGACUUUGGAAACGAUGACAACAUCGAGUUCCUCAGUGUUCUUGGACGCGGAUUAUCUGGCAUAGUGUUCAAAGCCCGUAUCGGAGUCCGCAUCUAUGCCUUGAAGUUGUUCAUGUUCCAAGGCUUCCCAACCUACGACCGUGCCCUGGAAUAUUUUGAUCAUUCCCCUGACAUCGCGUACAAUUGGCUAUGGCAGGAGGAAUGUUUCAGUCGCGAGUGUCGCGCCUAUGGUAGACUCCAGGAGGCCGGCCGUGAGCACCUGGCAGUCAAGUGCCAUGGAUACUUCUUGCUAAAGAAGGAAUACGAGAUUAUCCUGGAGCAGAAGUUCGGACUAGGACCUGGUACCUGGGGAUGGUGCUUCGAUAAUGAUGGAGGUCCCUACGAGGAAGACUUAGCGAGCCGGCGCGACUGCGCCGAGGCUGACGGGAACUGGCGCCCAAUCCGAGUUAUCGUGAAGGAAUUCAUUGACGGCGACGAGGGGAUUGAGCCUGCUUAUGUGAAGAAAAUGGCUCAAAACUUGCUCGAUCUUCAUGCAUUGGGCGUUAUCCAAAAUGACAUCAAAGAAGACGCUUACAUUGACGGCGUCCUUGUCGAUUUCAGCGAGGCAUACACUACCCCUCAUCCUCGAUUGAACGCAGAGCUGUCGCAUAUCUAUAGUGAGCAAAACGCCUUCGAUCUGUGUGACGCGGAUACGGAUAAAUUUUGGGACAUGAUGCACAGGUGGAAUGAUAAGAACGGAGAAACUCGAGGCAUGCUAUGUAAUCGAGACUUGGGCAAGGGUUACUACGGACAUGGUAUGACGCUGAGAUGUCACAAAGAACCUGGCCGAAGGAAGUAUGGAAUACCUGCAGAUCCAAGGCGGUAUAACUGGAGAAGUGGUUCAAAGAAGCGGAUCCGAAGGCAUGCUUGGAUGUUCCGCGACAACAAGUUCCGCCUCAACUAUAAAUUACCCCCGAAAUCUCAUCCGCCCUUGCCAUGGGAGUGA